UAAUCACAAGUUGUCAUCUUUGAGAGUGGUGGAGACUCUAAACGAAUCAGAAGUUUCGAGGAAGAAAAGAUUCAGCUUUGAAGAAUAACUAGCAUAAUUUUUCUUAGAGCAAUUUGAUCCAAGUCUUUUGAAUUCAUGGUUGGUGAGAAUCAACCAAAUUGGGAGUUGGAGUUGUACUUCAACUUGCAUUUAAGCUCCCACUGAUCCAAUAAAGGAGAUCCCUUUUUUUUAUCUCCAGAAAUACAGAGGAAGAAGAAACUCGACAAGUUUUUCUCUAUGUACAUUUUCUGGUUGUUUAUCUGAGAAAAUCGGUUUGAAGUGAGGGAAAAAAAUUCGGAGAUGGGUUUGUUCGAAUCGGUGAAAUCGAUUAAUUGGGAACUCGAAUCGCCUCCGGUUUACCAGGAUUUUCGUGUUCUUCCUCUCUUCGCAGUGUUCUUCCCUUCGAUUCGAUUUCUCCUCGAUAGAUUCGUCUUCGAGAAAUUGGCGAAACAUUUGAUCUAUGGAAAACAGAGACAGAAUAUCGGAGAUGAUGCAACUGAGAGAAAGAAGAAAAUCAGAAAAUUCAAAGAAUCGGCCUGGAAGUGUGUUUACUAUCUGUCAGCUGAGAUUCUUGCUCUAUCUGUGACUUACAAUGAACCAUGGUUUAUGAACACUAAAUACUUUUGGGUUGGCCCUGGAGAUCAGUCUUGGCCUGAUCAACAAACCAAGUUAAAGUUGAAGCUUUUGUAUAUGUUUGCGGCUGGGUUCUAUACAUACUCCAUCUUUGCUCUGAUAUUCUGGGAAACGAGGCGUUCUGAUUUUGGAGUUUCAAUGGGUCAUCAUAUCGCAACUCUUAUUCUUAUUGUCCUCUCAUACGUGUGUAGCUUCUCACGUGUUGGUUCUGUUGUUCUGGCACUUCACGAUGCAAGUGAUGUGUUUCUUGAAGUCGGGAAAAUGUCUAAAUAUAGUGGAGCUGAAGCAAUCGCAAGCUUUUCUUUCAUUCUUUUUGUCAUGUCUUGGAUCAUUCUCCGACUUAUUUACUAUCCCUUUUGGAUCCUAUGGAGCACAAGCUAUGAAGUAGUUUUGGAACUGGAAAAAGAUAAGCACCCUGUCGACGGACCAAUUUACUACUAUAUGUUCAACACACUUCUCUAUUGCUUGCUUGUUCUUCACAUUUAUUGGUGGGUUCUGAUGUAUCGGAUGCUUGUGAAACAAAUACAAGAUAGAGGCAAGCUUAGCGAAGAUGUUAGAUCCGAUUCUGAAGGUGAAGAUGAGCACCAAGAUUGAUUGGUCACGCUGUAUUCUCUUGACAAUACCAGAUUUUUUUUUUUGUUUUUUGUAUUUAAUCUGGAACAAAUUCAAUAUCUGAAUCUAUCAAAGAGAAAUUUGUUGUAGAUUGAACAAAUUCGAUAUCUGUAUUUUUGUUUUUAAAAUCUGAAUCACAA